AUGACCUCAGCGGGCCGGGCGGCGGGCGCAGAGCGCAGCAGCGCGGAGCCGCGGGGGCCUCCGCCGCCCGCGCCGCCCCGGGUCCCGCGGCCCGGCCGGCCGCCCGCGCCGCUGCGAGCCGCCCAUGGUGCAGCGCAUGUGGGCCGAGGCGGCCGGGCCUGCGGGCGGAGCCGAGCCGCUGUUUCCGGGCUCCCGGCGGAGCCGCAGCGUGUGGGACGCCGUGCGCCUGGAGGUGGGCGGCCCCGACAGCUGCCCGGUGGUGCUGCACAGCUUCACGCAGCUCGACCCCGACCUGCCGCGCCUAGAGAGCUCCACGCAGGAGAUCGGCGAGGAGCUGGUCAACGGGGUCGUCUACUCCAUCUCCCUGCGCAAGGUGCAGGUGCACCCCGCGGCCAGCAAGGGCCAGCGCCGGCUCGGGUGUGAAAAUGAGUCGGCCCUGAGCCUGUACGAGACCUGCAAGGUGCGCACGGUGAAGGCGGGCACGCUGGAGAAGCUGGUGGAGCACCUGGUGCCCGCCUUCCAGGGCAGCGACCUCUCCUACGUCACCAUCUUCCUGUGCACCUACCGGACCUUCACCACCACCCAGCAGGUCCUGGACCUGCUGUUCAAACGCAGGUUCCGUAGAUGUGACGCCCUCACCGCCUCCUCUAGAUACGGAUGCAUCCUCCCUUACCCCCACGAGGACGGCGGGCCGCAGGACCACCUGAGGAAUGCCAUCUCCUCCAUCCUGGGCACCUGGCUGGACCAGUACUCGGAGGACUUCUACCAGCCCCCGGGCUUCCCCUGCCUCAAGCAGCUGGUGGCCUACGUGCAGCUCAACAUGCCUGGCUCGGACCUGGAGCGCCGCGCGCACCUGCUCCUGGCUCAGCUGGAGCGCACGGAGCUCACAGAGGCAGAGCUGGAGGCUCUAUCACCAGCUCCAGCGCUAGAGCCAGCUCCAGCACCAGUUCUAGCACCCAGUCCUGUGCCAACUUCAGAGCAGGAGCCAGCUCCAUCACCAGCUCCAGCACCCAGUCUAGCACCAGCUCUAGCGUCCAGUCCUGUGCCAACUUCAGAGCAGGAGCCAGCUCCAGCGCCGGCUCUAGCGUCCAGUCUAGCGCCAGCUCUAGUGUCCAGUCCAGUGCUGGCAUCAGAGCAAGAGCUAGUGCUGGCUGGAGAGCCUGAGCCCGCUCUUGAACCAGCUCCAGAGCGAGAGCCAGCCCCGGGACCCACUCCAACAGCAGCUGCAGAGCUGGAACCGGCUCUGUCGCAAACUCUGGAGCUAGAGCCGGCUCCAGCGCCAGAGCCUUCCUGGCCUUCGCCUGUGGCUGCAGAGAACGGGCUCAGCGAGGAGAGGCCUCACCUCCUGGCGUUUCCUCCCUACCUGGUGGCGGAGCAGUUCACCCUGAUGGACGCGGAGCUGUUCAAGAAGGUGGUGCCCUACCACUGCCUGGGCUCCAUCUGGUCCCAGCGGGACAAGAAGGGCAAGGAGCACCUGGCUCCCACCGUCCGGGCCACCGUCAGCCAGUUCAACAGCGUGGCCAACUGCGUCAUCACCACCUGCCUCGGGGACCGGAGCGCGACGGCCCGGGCCCGGGCCAGGGUGGUGGAGCACUGGAUCGAGGUGGCCAGGGAGUGCCGGGUCCUCAAGAACUUCUCGUCCCUCUACGCCAUCCUCUCCGCUCUGCAGAGCAACUCCAUCCACCGGCUGAAGAAGACGUGGGAGGAAGUGUCCAGGGACAGCGUGCGCGUCUUCCAGAAGCUGUCGGAGAUCUUCUCGGAUGAGAACAACUACUCGCUGAGCAGAGAGCUGCUCGUCAAGGAGGGGACCUCCAAGUUUGCCACCCUGGAGAUGAACCCCAAGAGAGCCCAGAAGCGGCCGAAGGAGACGGGUGUCAUCCAGGGCACCAUCCCCUACCUGGGCACGUUUCUCACGGACCUGGUGAUGCUGGACACCGCGAUGAAGGACUACCUGUAUGGGAGACUGAUCAACUUCGAGAAGAGGAGGAAGGAAUUCGAAGUGAUCGCCCAGAUCAAGCUGCUGCAGUCCGCUUGCAACAAUUACAGCAUCGAGCCCGAGGAGCAGUUCGGGGCCUGGUUCCGGGCCAUGGCGCGGCUCAGCGAGGCCGAGAGCUACAGCCUAUCGUGUGAGCUGGAGCCCCCCUCCGAGUCGGCCAGCAACACCCUGAAGGCCAGGAAGAGCACGGCCAUCGUCAAGCGCUGGAGCGACCGCCAGGCCCCCAGCACGGAGCUGAGCGCCAGCGGCAGCUCGCACUCCAAGUCCUGCGACCAGCUCAGGUGUAGCCCCUACCUCAGCGGCGGGGACAUCGCCGACGCGCUCAGCGUCCACUCGGCUGGCUCCUCCAGCUCCGACGUGGAGGAGAUCACCAUGAGCUUUGUCCCUGAGUCCCCCGACGGCCAGGAAAAGAAGUUCUGGGAGUCGGCCUCCCAGUCGUCCCCGGAGACCUCGGGCAUCAGCUCGGCGUCCAGCAGCGCCUCCUCCUCCUCGGCCUCCACCACGCCCGUGGCCAGCGCCCGCACCCACAAGCGCUCCGUCUCGGGGGUCAGCAGCUACAGCGCCUCGCUGCCGCUCUACAACCAGCAGGUGGGCGACUGCUGCAUCAUCCGGGUCAGCCUGGACGUGGACAACGGAAACAUGUACAAGAGCAUCCUGGUGACCAGCCAGGACAAGGCUCCGGCUGUCAUCCGCAAGGCCAUGGACAAGCACCACCUGGACGAGGAGCAGCCGGAGCAGUAUGAGCUGGUGCAGGUCAUUUCCGACGAGAGAAAGCUGAAGAUCCCGGACAACGCCAACGUGUUCUACGCCAUGAACUCUGCCGCCAACUAUGACUUUGUCCUGAAGAAACGGGCCUUCACCAAGGGGGCCAAGGUCCGGCAUGGCGCCAGCUCCACUCUCCCCCGCAUGAAGCAGAAGGGACUCAGGAUUGCCAAGGGCAUCUUCUAGCUGGUCCCUGGCGCUGCCCAGCCACAGGGCUGCCCUCCAGGCUCCGGCAGGCUGGGCAACCAAGCACUUACCGACGACACUGGCCCAGGCCAGGCGGGCACCUUCUGCCCAGCCUGCCACCGGGCCGCCCGCCCCGACUCCAGUUUCUCCCUGGACCUCCUGCUGCCGGGAUUGACGCCUGCCCGUCAGCAGGCUGACCUGGCCUCCCGGGACCACUCGCCGCCUUAGGUGCCUUCCGCUCUCUGGAGCCAGAGGACUAGCCGACCUGGCCCAGGAGCUGCCACGGGCACGGAGCCCCGCCGCCACUGGGCACGCCCUCGCUACACCUCCCUCACACCUUCCCAGGUGUGGGUCACUGCCACCUGUGCCCACGGGCAGCCCAGGGCACCCGCUCAUCCACUGGAUCUGACCACUGCGGUUCUCUCCUUGCGCCCACGGACACCGGCCGUGCCAUUCACGGGGCCCGGCCCCUCCACCACUCGAGCCUUCCGCAGGCUGCACCAAAGAUCCACCGUCAGGCCACGGAGUGCGGGAGCCCCGCCCGCGAGCCCAGCCCCCUCGGGGAGGAGGGACCCUCCUCACCUGUGAGUGAGGACCAGGCCCGCGAGUCCCCUGGCGCCUCCCGGGCUUCUCGGGACCACACGGGCGGGGCCGGGGGAAAGGAGGAUUGCGGGGAAGGGAGGGGGUGGAUAUUUGUAUAAAAGGCAAAAAUCAUGUUUACCAGUUGGGGAGGGGCAAUAUUUAUUUGUUGUAAAUAGUAAAUGCUAGACUUGGAUAUUAUAUUAAAACCCUGUUUCUACGAUA